CAAUUAUGUUCAUAUUUUUCAAGGCAUAAAAUAUCACCUGUUUCAACGAAUUUAGCCAUUUGACAACAUUUUGUUUAAAGACAAAUCAGAAAAAUGGAAAACUGUGUUUUCGUUGGCAGGCAAAAUGGUUGUUUUUCGGACUGAUCCGUGCGGCAUUGUUUGCGUGUUAAUCACAUAUAUCUCAGUAUUAUAUGCAGACUAUGUUGUAAUCAGGCAUCUGGUUAUGCCUACUUUAUCAGAUACGUUGUGGGGUUCAAUCAAUGCACUGGGAUUCAACUCGGUCUUAUUCCUGCUGAUCUUCUCACACAUGAGAGCGGUGCUGUCCGACCCAGGGAUCAUACCUCUACCAGACACGGACAUUGACUUCAGUGAUAUCCAUUCCGGUCAAAAGAAAGUAGAGAAGGGUGGUGAUGAGUGGACAGUAUGCAUGAAAUGUGAGACAUAUCGGCCGCCAAGAGCUCAUCAUUGUCGGAUAUGUCGGCGAUGUAUUCGUCGGAUGGACCAUCACUGUCCUUGGAUCAACAAUUGUGUUGGUGAAUAUAAUCAAAAGUUCUUUAUACAGUUUCUGUUUUAUACUGGUCUGGCGUCUUUAUAUGCCAUCUCUUUAGUUGUUGUGUCAUGGAUUCUAGACCCGAUGGGUGAGAAGUCAAAAGAAGCCAAACAUAUGCGCAUAGUUCACACCAUAAUUCUCGUGAUUGAGUGUAUAAUGUUCGGUUUAUUCGUCAUCGCUAUUGGAUGUGAUCAAAUGCAGGCAGUACUCCAUGAUGAGACAGCCGUUGAACACAUACAGCGGAAGGGCCCGCGAAAAGCUAAGCGACCGAAAAUAUCUUUACUGGCAGACGUGUUUGGGAAUGGCCCCAUGUAUACCUGGCUGUGUCCAUUUUACACACACCCCAUUGGACCACCCGGGCCUAGCAGUACACAUGUCGUGUGACCCAAGCCAGAUGUGGGCGUGUCUAUAUUACAUAGGUCUGAUUCAGACUGGGCACAUGUGACUGUGAGGGAGGUUAACGCCAGCAUGGCUGGAUUCGAUGA